GAGCGUCAGUCAGUCAGUCAGUCGGUGACGGACCUCAGAACCGGAGCAGCACCGGAUCAUGCGCGCGCUCACCGCGUCCUGACAGCUGCACGCGGCUCGGUUCCGGUGUCGGCGAGCGAGAUGGACGGAGGCGAGAGGAAGGCGAGUUUACGUUCGGAGACGAUUAUAAAGAAAUGAUUAUCUGCGUGGACUGAUGUUACCGUCUGUGAUCUGAUUGGACGAGAGAGCAGAUCUGUGAGUGAUGUCACAAUCGGAAGAGUGUACAGAGCUCCGCCCUCCACCUACAGAUGAACAAUUACCGCUGAUGUGAAGCUCUCUGCUGAAGUUGAACCGUUUAUCCCUCAGAAGAAAGGUGCUGAAGCUUCAUUAUUACCCAUGAGUCUGUGCGGUGAGGGUGGAGCUGAGCCCACACAAAUCCCCUCCUACCUGAUCACCUGCUACCCCUUCGUCCAGGAGAAUCAGAACAACGGCCGGCAGCUGCCCAUGUAUAACGGAGAUCAGCGCUGGCAGCAGCUCAGCCCGGGCCCCGGGGGGCCGUACCUGGCCUACCCGAUCCUGUCGUCUCCGCAGGCCCCCGUGGCCAGCGACUACCCCGCAUACUACCACGCCAUCAUGCCCACGCCCUGCCCUCCCGUCAUGGGCUUCUACCAGCCCUUCCCGGGGCCGUACACGGGGCCCCUGCAGGCCGGCGUGCUCAACCCCGUCUCCGACUGCAGCCAGGCGCAGAGAGCGAGAGGCGUCUCACGAAACCCCGUCCUGCACAAGCAGCAGCAGCAGCCAGCGGCUCAGCCAAUGAGAGCGAAGCGUCCCGUGAUGCGGAGCGUGGCGGUACAGAAGGAGGUGUGUGCUGCCGGGCCUGAUGGGAGAUCCAAGACCGUGCUGCUGGUGGAUGCAGCUCAGCAGACAGAUUUCCCUGGCGAGACGUCUGGAAGCGUCAGAUGUGCGUCGGAUCAGGCCAGUCCUCAGUGGAAGAAUAAAGCCCGACGCAGACGCACCUCUCAGCAGGAGUCAUCCAGCGAGCAGGGAGCCAGCGAGGCCGACAUCGACAGCGACAGCGGCUACUGCAGCCCUAAACACAACCAGGGAGUCGCCAGCACCUCCAGCAACCAGCACUCAGCCGGAGCAGCUGUAGACGCUGGCGUCAUGACAGCUGUUAGUUGGGGGAAUGUAGCCUCACAGACCGUCCAGAAGCCGUGGGCAGACAGCAGGAACACAGCAUAUCACAGAGGAAGAACACCUGAGCAGAGGAGCUACACACAGGACUUCCAGAUGAACUUUGGAGGUCAUGCAGGAGGACUGAGAUCGACUCAGACUUCAGAGACGCCCAACACACACCUCACACCUGAGCCACUGUACUUUCAGGAUGAGGAUGAGUUUCCUGAUCUGGCCACCGGUGGUGCUGCUCAGCGGAAUAAACCAGAACCAGUUCAGCCCAAGCUGCCCAAGAACCUGCUGGAUAACCUUCCGGAGAAUUCUCCUAUAAGCAUCGUACAAACACCCAUCCCCAUCACCAGCUCCGUGCCCAAGAGAGCCAAGAGUCAGAGGAAGAAAGCACUCGCCGCCGCUCUCGCCACAGCACAGGAGUACAAUGAGAUCAGCAUGGAGCAGAAGAAACUACAGGAGGCUCUGUCUAAAGCAGCAGGUAAGAAGAGCAGGACACCGGUGCAGCUGGAUCUGGGAGACAUGCUAGCAGCGCUAGAAAAACAACAACAGGCCAUGAGAGCGCGUCAGCUCAACAACACCAAACCACUGUCAUACACCGUCGGGACCGUGGGCGCUCUGCACAGUAAAGACGGCGGCGGCAGUCGAGUGACGGGACUCAAAAACACUUACACCCCUCACAACAUCCUGGACUCCAGCGCACCGCGCAUCAAGAGAGGGAAAGAGAGAGAGAUUCCUAAAGUCAAGAAGACCACCGCCAUGAAGAAGAUCAUUCUGCAGGAGCGUGAGGUGAAGAAGGGCAAGAGUUCUUCUGAUCACAGCGUAUCUGGAGCCGACGAGCAGAGAGACACCCUGAGCUUCACUGACCCACUCACACAGGAGCAGGAGGAGAACGGUCUGAGCGUGCCCAGUGAUGCGUCUCUGUCUCCAGCGAGUCAGAACUCUCCGUACAGCAUCACGCCCGUCUCUCAGGGCUCGCCCGCCAGCUCCGGCAUCGGGAGCCCCAUGGCCGCGUCCGCCAUCACCAAGAUCCACAGCCGCCGGUUCAGAGAGUACUGUAAUCAGGUGUUGAGCAAGGAGAUCGACGAGAGCGUGACGCUGCUCCUGCAGGAACUGGUUCGGUUUCAGGAGCGGGUUUAUCAGAAGGAACCCAGCAAAGCCAAAGCCAAGCGGCGGCUGGUCAUGGGGCUGCGAGAGGUCACCAAACACAUGAAACUGCACAAGAUCAAGUGUGUCAUCAUCUCGCCCAACUGUGAGAAGAUCCAGGCCAAAGGAGGUCUGGAUGAGGCUCUUUAUAACGUCAUCGCCAUGGCAAGAGAGCAGGAGAUCCCGUUUGUGUUUGCUCUGGGUCGAAAAGCUUUGGGACGCUGCGUGAAUAAACUGGUGCCGGUCAGCGUCGUAGGAAUAUUUAACUACUCUGGAGCUGAGUCUCUGUUCAAUAAGCUGGUGUCUCUGACGGAGGAGGCGCGGAGGGCGUAUGAGGACAUGGUGAGCGCUCUGGAGCAGGAGCAGGCCGAGGAGGCGCUGAAGAACGUGAAGAAGGUCACUCAUCACAUGGGUCACUCCAGAAACCCUUCGGCCGCCAGCGCCAUCUCCUUCUGCAGCGUCAUCUCCGAGCCCAUCUCAGAGGUCAACGAGAAGGAAUACGAGACCAACUGGAGGACGAUGGUGGAGAGCGCAGACGCCCCGGAGCCGCCGGAGCCCGAAGCGGUCAGCCGAGCGAGCAGCAAGGAGCAGGCCGAGGUCAGCUGUCCGCCUCCGCAGCCGCCGGCCGCCCGCGCUCCCGAGAGAGAGGAGUCGUCCCGCUCCGAUGACCGGCUGGAGUGGGCUUCUCAGCAGAGCACCGAGACCGGCUCGCUGGACGGCAGCUGCAGAGACCGCCUCAACUCCUCCAUCACCAGCACCACCAGCACCCUGGUGCCCGGCAUGCUGGAGGAGGAGGAGGAGGAGGAGGAAGAGGAGGAGGACUACCCGCCCGAGCCCAUCUCCGUGCAGGUGCCGCCCCUCAGCUCCAGGAUCGAGUCCUGGGUCAACAAGACCCUGGAGAACCUGCAGCUGCGCCGACAGAGCAGCACCGAGGAGGACGAGGAGGACGAGGAAGAGCGGCUGAGCGACGAGGAGGAGCUCGACGCCUCCGAUCUGACCGAGCCGGCGGCCGAACGCAAGGACGCGGCGUGAGAGGUCACCUUCACACACACACACACACACACUGACUCAGGAACACACACACACACUCGCUCGUAUCCGCUCGCUCUCCACACGCCUGACCUCGCCAGCACAGGUUUCAAAUGAUCUGAAAUCGGGACAAAGAAAGGCAUUUUUGCUGAAGCUGAUUGCCUUAAACUUGUACGUUCUCUCAACGUGAGACUUUUUUACAGCACUGUAAGAAGAACCGAGGAAACCUAAGGGUUUAAGGCAAGCUGCUGUUUUCAAAAAACUGAGAAAACUGAAAAAAGAAAGUCGGGAACUCAAAAAUCUGCUGAAGCUGCUCGCCUUGAUCUUUUACGUUUUCUUUCUCAGAUGUUUUUUGUUUUACAGUGCAGACUUUAAGAGAUCGUUCACCAUCAGAUCAUCGUUGCUAACGUUCUGCUCAACACACAGGAAUAUAUGAGUCGGACGUUCUGAGCGUUCGACCAGACUCUGGUGUGCAGGUUCAGUUAUUUCACCAAAAGAAGCUAUCCGUCGGCAUUAAAGUGAAAUACAAGACAUAGGAGCCUGAGAAAAAGCCUCAUUCUGGAAGAAACGCUCUGAAUCAGAAGAACCACCAUGAAGAAAUGAAGUCAGGCGUGUUCAAAGUGAGCCAAGGAUGGAGCGUUUUCUUCAAGCGUGGGCUCGUUCAUUCCUCCACACUCGUCUGAUCUGUGUGUUUCUCUUCUGUCCGUGGCUCUUCUCCGGAAGCAGCGGCAGACGUCUUGAAGUGUGACUAACGAGGUGAAGAAACGAAGCUAGCCCGUGUAAAUAACCCGUUUAAAUGUCUCUAAUCCUCCGUCGUCUUCGCUUCUGCUCUAUUUAUGGCUCUUGAUCUGGGACGGAUCUGUGGUGUGUGUCGCUCCCCGUCGGUGUUCGUCAGCGCUGGUAAUCGUGCUCGUGAUGCUGGUGUAAAGCGUGAGGAUGUUCUGGAGCAGGAUCUCGAUGCAAUAAGCGUCUGUAGCAGCUCACGGAUCCGCUCUCUCUCUCUCUCUCUGUGUUUGGAGUGAUCUUCAUCGGCGUGUCUUUUGCACUAUGUACAUAAACGUGAACAUGCUUUGGUAACUAAUGUGAAACUAGUUUUCCGGCGGUUCUGAUGGUGAAGUCUCAGCGUCUCUACAUGCAGUAACUGUUCUCUGACUGAUCGUUAAUACAAUAAACUGUUUUCAGUAAACUA